ACGACGACGGCUUCGACUUUGAAAUAUUUUCAACGGAAACCAAAAACAGUUUAAUUAUGAGUUGAUUACGUAUUUGAGAUAUUUCAGCUGAAGCUUCAGCUUAUGACCUCGCAGAAUCUUGAAAGUUCAACUACAUCAGUCUUUCUGAGGUUUCAGGACGAGAUGAAUGCUGUCCGUGAAAUCGAACGGAUCAACCAACGUGAACUGGAAUUGGGAGUGGCAGACAAGGGCUCCUGGCACGACCAAUACAGAGACUCCGCUUAUGUCUUCAUUGGUGGGCUGCCAUUCGAUUUGACGGAAGGAGAUGUCAUCACCGUCUUCUCGCAAUUCGGUGAAGUCAUGGAUAUCAAUAUGCCUCGAAAUAAGGAGACUGGGAAAGUCAGAGGGUUCGCUUUUCUCAUGUACGAAGAUCAAAGAAGUACAGUCCUGGCGGUGGAUAAUAUGAACGGCUGUCAGAUCCUAGGGAGGACUAUCCGCGUCGACCACUGCCAAAAGUACAAACAAAGGGGCACGAAGAAUGAAGAAGGAGAAUAUGUAGAACCUGAGGAGCCGACAUACAACGCCAUGCCGCCCACAAUAGAGGGCUCUGACGACUCCGAAUCAUCUGAGUCGGAGGUCAACGACUCGCUAGAUGAAGAGGAUCCUAUGGCUGUCUUCCUUCGCGCAGAGAAGAAGAAGGAGAAGGCCAAAGCGAAAGCUUUGACAGAUGGGAAAGACAAGAAGCGGAAACACGAAGGGGAGAGUAAAGAGGAGAGGAGAGCGAGGAAGGAAGCGAAGAAAGCUCGCAAGGCUGCGAAGGAGGUUAAGAGAUCAGGCAAGGACAUCGCUAGAAGCGGCAGUGGGCUAAGGGAGAAGGAUCGGGACAGGGAUAGGUCCAGGAACAGCAGGAAAGACGAUGACAGGAGCGAACGGAGAGAUCGAGAUUAUCCGAGUAGAAUCUCUGAGAACGACAGGCGGCGAGAUGGUCGAGACGGCAAGAGCUCUCGUCAUGCGGUUCGAGAUGACAGUGACACGAGAAUAGAUGAUAAGCCGCCUUCUCGGACGGGUAGGGGUGACCGCGAGGACGACAUGCGAGAAGGGCGUUGGGAGCUGGAACGGGAUGCGAAGAGGGUCCGAGCACGAGACGAUGAAGCGCUGGACAGGAACGGUUCGAGGGACAGACAUAAUGGCGACUGGAGCCGUCGUGGGGAUAGGAAGGCCGCUCCCCGCAGAGAUCGCUACGACGAUAACGAGCGUGAUCGUACACGAUAUGACGAUAGGGAUCGCGGAGAUGACCGGCUUCGUGAUGACCGCCGCAGUGAACACUACGAUAGACCAGCUGAAAGAGAUAGAAGCGACAGAUCAUAGCCGUGAUA